UUCCGCCCGGGCGAGAGGCGGCAGUGGUUCCGCGACGGGUGCGGGAUGCGCUCGGAGAAGGAGGGGGCCGGAGGCCCCAGGGCGGCCGUUGCUGCACGGGGCUCAACCGGGAGGGAGAAGGCAGCCGUCCUGGAAGUCCAGUUCCGCCGGGAGUCGCCGCCGGCCGCGUCCUCCGGCUGUGGGGGUGGCGCAGGCAAACCUCGCGAGGAGAAGAAAACGACCCUGAGCAAGGUGGUCAUCCGGCGGCUUCCUCCCAGCCUCACCAAGGAGCAGCUGGAACAGCAGCUUCGCCCGCUGCCUGCGCACGACUCCUUCGAGUUCUUCACUGCCGAUCUCAGUCUUUAUCCUCAUCUCUACUCAAGAGCAUACAUUAAUUUUAGAAAUCCUGAUGACAUCCUUCUUUUUAGAGAUCGUUUUGAUGGAUAUAUCUUCAUUGACAGUAAAGGCCUAGAAUAUCCUGCAGUGGUAGAGUUUGCUCCAUUCCAGAAGAUCGCCAAAAACAAGCUAAAGAAAAAAGAUGCCAAAACUGGAAGCAUUGAAGAUGAUCCAGAAUAUAAGAAGUUUUUAGAAACUUACUGUGUGGAGGAAGAGAAAACCAGUGCUAAUCCUGAGACUCUUCUAGGGGACAUAGAGGCAAAGACAAGAGAGCUUAUUGCUAGAAGAACCACACCUCUUUUGGAAUAUAUUAAAAAUAGAAAGUUAGAAAAGCAGAGAAUUCGAGAAGAGAAGCGAGAAGAACGAAGGAGAAGGGAGUUGGAAAAGAAACGCCUACGGGAAGAAGAGAAAAGGAAAAGAAGAGAGGAGGAAAGAUGUAAGAGAAAAGAAGCAGACAAGCAAGAGAGAAUGGCUGAGAGAGAAGUGAGGAUUAAGCUGCUUAAGAAACCAGAAAAGGGAGAGGAACCAACCCCUGAGAAACCAAAAGAAAGAGGAGAGGAAGUUGAUGCUGGAGAUGGAAGGUGGGAGCCCUGUCCCCGCUGCGCAGUCGUGAGGCCCAGGCCCCCGGAGAGCUCUCGGGAGGAGCUCCGGGAAAGGUCACAAAAUGACAGUGAUAAAGAGCAGAGGGAUGUGGAGAGAAGAUUUCGAGAAAAAGACCUUGAAACACAGAGACAGCACUUGGAUGACAGCAGGAAGCACAGAGCUCACUAUGAGUUGGACAAGAUUUCAAGAAAAAAUGAAGAAGAGCCAAAAUGGGGGAAAGGAUUCACCCCAGACAGAGGGCAGAAAGGGAGCCAGGACGGCGGGGUUGCUAUGGAGGCAGCAGAGAGACCAGUGACGGAGCAGAGCGCAGGCGGCCCGGCGCCUAGGAAGGAGUGUGUGGGAAACAAGGACCGGCCGUCCUUGCAGCUCUACCGUCCGGGCGCUCGCAGCCGCGCACGCGAAUGUGGUGGAAGAGCCUCUGAGGAGGGCCGUGAUGGAAGGAGGGCUGAGGCAGAAGAUUCGACGGGGGCUGGUUCCAAGAAGAGCAAAGAGGCAGAGUGAGUCAGCGCGCGUGCCACGUUUGUGACACGGGUGAGCUCCCGUUCGGCAUUCCGUGGAUUCGAAAGGGCACUCCGGAAAUGUAUCAAUUAGCCUGGAAUAUAACCUGCAAGUUGAAUUUACUCCUUACAAAGAAACUAGAAACUGGAACUAUAAAGGUGGUGUAGAAACAUCUAGAAACCAUUCUUAAGAAGGAAGCAGUCUUUUUAAAAAUUGAACUGAGUUUUCCUAGAUUUUACCAUUUCUAAUAUAAACUAGUAAAUAUUAUUUAGCGAAAACAGAGAAAAUAAUCUCCUUUGGACAGUAAAAUGUGAUC